AUGGCCCUACGCGCCGCGGAGCGGGCCGCCGUCCUUACGCGGGAGCCGCCGGGGCGCCGCCGGCCGCCUCCGCCCGCACCGCGGACGGACGGACGGAGGGACGGACGGACGGAGGGACGGACAGACGGCCCGCUGCCGCUCGGGCCCGGCCGAAGCGCUCCCCUCUGCUCGGAGGCCCGGGAGCGCGUUGCAGCGGGCGUUGGCGAAAGCAUCUGGUUGUCCCCUGCCCCCCUCUCGCCCCACACAGGGCCCGGGGACGCCGAGGCGGACACAGACCGCUGUACCCCCCCCCCGGGUGAUGGAGGGGGAGCGGAGCCCACCGGCUCGGGGUACCCACCGUCCCCCUGCGGUGGGGCGGGCGGCACUGAUUUACCGGCGGGGCUCCCUGCCUGCCCGCCCACGGCACACGCAAAUCCCCCGAAACCCCGCUCCGGAGUAGGGGGGGGACCGUGGGGUGCCCUAGGUCCGCCUUCUCCCCCCCCCGGGGGACCCCGACUCAGCGCAGGCGUUCGAGAGGUGAAAAUGCCAGCGCUGUCUCCAGCUGGCUCCGAAAAGAAAAACUCACCAACCCCGGCCUCCCACGGGCCUCCUCUGCCCCGCGGGACCGGCGUGGGGCACCCACGGGCCGGGGAGUCCGCGGAGCCCGAGGAGGGGGGGGAAUCCUCUCCACACCCCCGGGCCACGGGCACGGAUGGCACGGUAGCCCCCGGCCUGCCGCCGCCCCCCCCUCCUAGGGCAGUGCAUCUGGGUUGGGGGGGCUGGUUGUUGUUGUUUUUCAUUGUAUUUUGCAAUUCGCCCAGGUCCGUUCCCGGCUGGGCCCUUUGCCGGGGCCAAGCCCCCAAUCCCGGAGAGAGCCGGCCGGGGUGUUUCAAAGAGGGAAAUUAAAAGGGUAAAAAAAAAGAAAAAAACCUCAGAUUUUAAAAAAAAUCUAAUACAGAAGAAAAAAAAAAGUCCCUUUCAGGCGAGUUUGAAUUUGCGUUUUCUCGGUGUCGUUCCCGUCUUUUUAGUUAAACAUCCCCCUGUUUAUCAUCAGCCUUUCUACACCGCUGCGCUCCGUAAUGGGAUUUUACCCUCCUUUACUGGGCACUAGUGCUGUACAAACACCGCAGCCCUCUCGUCCCGGACUCUGCUGGCAAAGCUCCGGGGACCCCCCCUCUUCCCCCCCCCCGCCAUCCCCGAGCGAAGCCGAAGAAGAAACUUCCCUCCCACCCGGGUCCAGACACUUUCUCUGCCGUGAGCAUCCUCGACGGGGCGGGGGGGGGGGGGGGGGAAGGCA